AUGGCUCAGAAGAGGCUUAAAAUAGUGUCCGGGUGUGUAAGAGUGGAGGCCGCCCUGCCGCAGGCGCUGCCGGAGCCGCCCCGGCCCGAGCUGCUGGCCCGCGCGUUUCCCCUCAGGCCGGGGCGGCCGCUGCCGGAGGCGCUGCCCGGAGCCGGAGCUGCCUGUGCGGCGGAGCGGCCGCGCUUCCCGGCCGGGCCGGGGCGCCUGUGCGGGCGCUGCUUGCGGGGCCGUGCCGGCCUCGCCGAAGCUGCCCGCGGCUCCCUUUGCGCGGCGGUCGCUGCCGGUGCCGGCGCGCUGAGGCGGAGCUGCCGCCCCUCAGGCUGCCCGCGCUUCCCGCCAUUGGCGCUGCGGCUCCCUCAGGCUCUGCCGGCGGCCAUCCCGCCUGUGCCCGGCUUUCGGGAAGCUGCCCGCGCUCUCCCGGCGCCAGGCGGGCUUUGGCCCUGGCUGGAUGCCGGCUGCCCACCAAAGGCGCUAGAUUUCACUGGCAACUCUGUUGAAGCUCUUGGAAAACAGGCCUGGAAGGACUACCCAUGGGCUGAGACAUUAGUGCUCAGGGACAAUGAGCUGCGGACAGUGAAGAGCCAUUCCCUGGAGGGACCGUUCCUGCUGAAGCACCUAAAUCUCUCCGGGAACGGCCUCACGCGGAUCCGCAGCGGCACUUUCCAGGCCUGGCAUGGGAUGCAGUUCCUCCAGGAGCUGAUCCUCAGCCAAAACCCGCUGGUUGUGAUAGAUGACUCUGCCUUCUUCAAGCUGCCCUCAGUGCGCUCUCUGCAAGUGCCCAAGGAGACGGCCUGCUGCCUGUGCCAGGAGCGUCCCCGGCCCGAGAGCCCCUGCAGGACCAUCCAGUUCCUGUGCGAGAAGCUGUGCAGCAGCAGCGCCCCGCAGUGCGUUCACUCAACUGUGCUGCAGACACGGGGAGAAGUAAUGGACAUGGAGCAACGCAGAGAGCUGAACACCAGCCCUGUGUUGAUCCUCAAGCCCAUGGAACCUUCACUGGGAGAUCAUGGAACUGCAACGCUUGUGGUUGCCCUGACCCAGAGCGCUGAGGGUGGUGUCAGCAGCCUGGAUAGCUCCAGAAGAAAUUCAUAUCCCCCUCAGCAUCUCUUGGGGCACGAAGGCAAAACAAGUGCUGGUGACCUGAGGGCCAAGGUCAAGAAGAAGCUGCACAAGGCAGAAAGCAUCAAGGCUGCAAGAAUCACUGUCCCACACCAGCCCCAGCCUGCCAGGCUGAAGCAUGUGGUGGAAAAGACACCCUCAAGCUGGCAUCAAGAGAAGAUGGAGUCACGUUUAUACUGGCAAGGAUUAAAGCCCUCAGCUGUAGCUGGUGGAUUAAAACAUGCUGACGAUCCCUCCAUCUCUGGACAACACAGAGAUGAGGAGGAAGAUCCAACUGCCAGGAAGUACCACGUCAGGACACACAAACGGCACAAGAAGAAGGACAGGCAGUAUUGGGUUGGACAUAAUCCGCUUUUCUACCAGGUGCUGAGCCCUGUGAAAGUGGAGCGAAGGUCCAGAUCUGCCCAGGGUCUAAACAGGGACGUGGAUUUUCUCUCUGACCCGUUGGUUCAGAGCCACCCCGCUGUGAGCAGCAGACGAGGAGCCACGGCUGAAGAGAAGCAUUCCUCCAUCGGCGGCCACCUCCUGCUCAUGCCUGACACCAGAGAGGAGGAAGACUCCAUGCUCCUCCAUAAACCUGUGAGACCCCGAAGUGCGGACCUUGCGCCAGUACUAAAAGACCUGGAAACCAAUGCUGAUCAUCACCAGCAGUUGAUGGAGGCACACAAAGGCCUGAAGACAUUCAUGGCCCACGUGGAGCGAGCCCUGAGGAGGGACUGCAGCCUGCCCCAGCUCAAGCAGGCCUGUGCCAAGAUGGUCAAAAAGACCAGGCUGCUUCUAAAGGUGCUCCAAGAGAGGCAAGAGAACCAGGGAGCCUAUGAUCCAAUGGAGCAGUGUCGUCAGCAAGAGAACAUGAUCAUUCACAUGGCCUUGGGGAAGGACAAGGGACUCACAGGGAAGCAAAAACUGGAGGUUGUGGUGUACGUGAUCACAUUUCUGGUUUUGCUGUUUUUAUUCAUCUUGGUUUUCCUGAUACUGAAGUGUGUCUUCCACAAGCGCUCCCGACAGAGUGAACUUGACUCCCAGCCUGGCCACCCCAGGAAAUUGUUGCUGAGAAGGUUCUGUGCAAAACUGCCACAGAGAGGGAGGAAGGAUAACAAGGAGGCACAGAAUGUAGAGCAGCCUUUGCCCUACAGGGCAGAGAGCUCCUCCAAGUGUUGCCCCUGUUCCCAGGCUGUUCAUGGUGCUUCCCAGUGCUGUUCCCUGUUCAGCAAGUCUGAAUUGCUGUGGAUUCAACGCAUCAGGGAUGCCUAUGAAUCCCAGAGAUCAGCAUCCCGGGAAGAGGCAUAGUGUGAAGAACAAAGGUAGAAGACUUUCAAGAAGUUAAUGGGAUGCCACAAUUGUCCACCUCCCAUUUAGCUGAGGCUCUCCUUGGAUGCUGCUUUGUUGGCUGUUUUUAUUUCCUUACAUGCUUUUUCCUUGACUGUUAUUUUCUUGCUGUCACUGCUGAGGGAAGGCCAGAGGGUGCUGCAGGCAAGCACAAGCUCUGGGACACCCAGAGAAGGCAUCAGUAUCUCAGGGUUUUCCUCAUCCCUUGUCGCAAUGUUUUACCCUGCAUUCAAUAAAAACCAAGUUUGUUCUCGUU